AUGCAAAAAAUUCCGGAUUCUACAGAAGAUGAUAUAAAUCUCGCAGUUGAAGCUGCUCAUACAGCAUUCUCAAAAUGGUCAAAAACACAGAGAUCCGUCCGUGCUAAUAUAAUGUAUCGAAUUGCGGAUAUUCUUGAAUCUCGUCUAAAGGAAUUCGCUGAAGCUGAAGUACGAGAUCAAGGCAAAACAAUUACUUUCGCGACAAAUGUCGAUAUAAAUAGAGCGAUUUAUAAUUUUCGGUACUUUGCUGGCUAUAUUUUACAUAUCGAGGAGAAGGCUAGCUUUCUUGAUGGUAGAGCCUUCAAUUAUGUUAAAAGAACUCCUUCUGGUGUGGCUGGGUUGAUUUCUCCGUGGAAUCU